AAAUACAGAAAGCAAUAAAAGACUUGGCAGGAACUCAUGUUGCUAAUAUCAUACCUAAUUAUGAAGCAAAUAGUAAACUUGGAACAAUACAUGGAAUUUCUAGUUGGCAUAAGUGGGCUUGGCCAGAUGAGGGAGAAGAAGUCAGAUAUAUUUUGGCUAAGUCAUUACCAGAGUUAGGACCAUGGAAAAAAUAUGCAUCUGAACAAAUUAUAAAAAUUACAAAAGAUCAUAUUUUUAAAAGGCCAGAACUAUUGCUAUUAGAGCAUACAAUACCUCCUAAGUCUUGGACUAUGCUAGCACUAUAUAUUCAAAAUAAAAAUAUAAUGAAUAAAUUAAAUACUAAAUAUCAGAAUAACUUCGGUAAGAUUUUAUUAGCUAAUAUUGCUUACUGA